CACUACUCACUACGGGGUACUUUCUACGUGCACCAUAUAUACCAUCCGAUUCGUUCCUGACUCUUGCAUGACCUGAAAAAUGUUGGCCAUACACCCAAGUGCCCAAUCCACUCUCCUUGGGCAUCGAUAUCGGUCAUUUGACUUUCAUAUGGGAUAAUCCACGAAAUAAAUACAUGCCCCCCCCCCAAAAGAUGAGUACUGUUAUUUAUUUUAUCUUAUUUUAUUUUUUAUUUUUUUUAUAAAAAAAAUCUACAAUUGCCAUUAUCCUUUGAACACCUAAGGGUGUUUUAAGAACUCUGCUGGAAGAACGAGAACUAUCAAUUGCCCUAAAUCCUUCAUACAACGAUAUUAUCGAUUCAUUGGCAAAUCGCACCCCGAGCCAUGUCCUCAUCCAUCUUGCACCGAUGCCCAUUCUGUGGACAGAUGACUGACAUAUCCACUUCGCUUGCUGCUUUUAUUGAAAAUCCUCACUGUAGCCAGUGUGGACUAUCGGCGUCUGAAAGUAGCCUGAAACUGCAAGACGAUCUAGCAGCGCUCUUCGACAGGCAAAUGAGCAUGGGAACUGUAGGUAUCCCUGAUACCCCAGAGCCUUCUUCGCCUGCUUCGCCUAUCUCUUCUUCCCAGCCAUCUCCCAUUAUAUACAGUGUCAGCCAACACUACCAUCAUUCGUCGCAUGUAACGCGGCAGGCCCAGAAAAUCAGGCCUGAAGAGCAAAAGUCCUUUGAUACAUAUCCAGCCCCUAUGGCAUCUGAUACGUGUAAUAUCCUGAGAAGUCAUAAUAUUGACCCAUUCACGCUGUCCCCGAGGCAAGUUGAAUUGUUUGAGGGCGCCAUACCUGAACAGAAGUCACGCUUGGUUCAAAUGUGGCAAAUUUGCCCAGAGACAGCAGAUAGAGACCCAGCACCAGGGACAUGCUUUCUCGAUGAUCAAUAUCAAUAUCAUGACAAUGCAUUUGUGGGGGAUCAUGACAUGGAUGACAUGGUACAGGAUGGGAAUGAAGACGAAGACAGACAGCAGUAUGCGGAGCCAUAUAUGGUUUCAGGUUAUGAAGCCCUAGCCCGGCGUGACUACGAAAUCUCUGGGCGAAAGGGUCACCAGACAUCUCCACCAAGCGAGCCCACGACUGGUGCUCCCUAUAGACUUGCGAGUGACCCAAUCUACCAAAGCAAGCGAUGGUGGGAACAUACAGACUCGCAGCCAACAGAGUACCAGUACGGGGCAUUCGAGCAGCUCCGGUAUUCCAUGGUCUAAAUUUGGCUGUACCGUCUGCUUAAGAAGUACUGGAAAUAAAGAAAAUUAGGGUUGUUGAAAAACCUGUCAUAAUUUGAUCGACCGCCUCGUGUUCCCUUACUUUUCUUUUUGAAUGCACGGGUAUAAUGAAUGUAAUAAUUUGACUGUGCUACUCAACAAAAUUGGGAGCCGGAGCCGAGAUUCCAGUUAAUAGAUGACUCUAGAUACAACCAAACAAAGCCAAAUGAACGGGAAAUCAACCAAUUGCAACGGAAUAACAACAUGUAUAU